AGCCGGUCGUGCUGGGGAGGAGAGGGACAGCCUGAGCGCAGUGGCAAGUCGUUGAGUCCGCUGCGGCCCUGAGAGCGGCUGAAGCCGCCGCCGCCGCCGCCACCACUACCAGAGCCACCACUGCCCACUGCUGGAGCCACCGGAGCCACCGGAGCCACCAGAGCCGCAGGCGCGCAGCACAGCCGCCUGGGCCCAGGCCGGGGCGGGGGGCAGGGGGCGAGGGCCGAAGGCCCCUGCUCCCGCCGCCGCUUGCACACAGCGGGCGCCCAAUGCCACCGGCGCCCCGCUAGGCUGAGCCUCGGGCAAAGCAAACCGCCUCUGCCACCGCCGCCGCUGCGGUUGCCACCCGAGUCGCGGGCAGCAGCCUCGGGAGCCGCCGCCACCGCCCGGCCGGGCCCCGCCACAGCCCGCGCGCCCCCGGGCCCCCGACACACAUGAGAUUCUUCAGGCUCACUUUCAAGUGCUUCGUGGACUGCUUCUGACUGCGCCCCCGUCCCACACCCCACCCGCCCGCCGCCCCGUUCCCCGGCCCGGCCGUCCCCGAGGCCCCCGGGUGGCCCGAGCCUUCGGGGUUCUCCCCCGGGUGCCGCCGGCGCCCCCAGUAGCCUGCCCGCCCCCCACAAGGCGCCGCCACCCGGGCCGCCCCAGCACCCCCGGCCCAGCCGGCCCUCCUGGGCCAUGGCGAAGAAGAGCACGGAGAACGGCAUCUACAGCGUGUCCGGCGACGAGAAGAAGGGUCCCCUCAUCGCGCCCGGGCCAGAUGGGGCCCCGGCCAAGGGCGAUGGCCCCGCCAGCCUGGGGGCGACAGGCGGCGGCCUGGCUGUGCCGCCACGGGAGACCUGGACCCGCCAGAUGGACUUUAUCAUGUCAUGCGUGGGCUUCGCUGUGGGCCUGGGCAAUGUGUGGCGCUUUCCCUACCUGUGCUACAAGAAUGGUGGAGGCGUGUUCCUUAUUCCCUAUGUCCUGAUCGCCCUGAUCGGAGGGAUCCCCAUUUUCUUCCUGGAGAUCUCGCUGGGCCAGUUCAUGAAGGCCGGCAGCAUCAACGUCUGGAACAUCUGUCCCGUCUUCAAAGGCCUGGGCUAUGCCUCCAUGGUGAUCGUCUUCUACUGCAACACCUACUACAUCAUGGUGCUGGCCUGGGGCUUCUACUACUUGGUCAAGUCUUUCACCACCACCCUGCCCUGGGCCACAUGUGGCCACACCUGGAACACUCGGGACUGCGUGGAGAUAUUCCGCCAUGAAGACUGUGCCAAUGCCAGCCUGGCCAACCUAACAUGUGACCAGCUUGCUGACCGCCGGUCCCCUGUCAUCGAGUUCUGGGAGAACAAAGUGUUGCGGCUCUCAGCUGGGCUGGAGGUGCCCGGGGACCUCAACUGGGAGGUGACCCUGUGUCUGCUGGCCUGCUGGGUGCUGGUCUACUUCUGCGUGUGGAAGGGGGUCAAGUCGACAGGGAAGAUCGUGUACUUCACUGCUACAUUCCCCUACGUGGUCCUCGUUGUGCUGCUGGUGCGCGGGGUGCUGCUGCCCGGAGCCUUGGACGGCAUCAUCUUCUAUCUUAAGCCGGACUGGUCCAAGCUGGGGUCCCCUCAGGUAUGGAUAGACGCCGGGACCCAGAUUUUCUUUUCUUAUGCCAUUGGCCUGGGGGCGCUCACAGCUCUGGGCAGCUACAACCGCUUCAACAACAACUGCUACAAGGACGCCAUCAUCCUGGCACUCAUCAACAGCGGGACCAGCUUCUUUGCUGGCUUCGUGGUCUUCUCCAUCCUGGGCUUCAUGGCGACAGAGCAGGGCGUGCACAUCUCCAAGGUGGCGGAGUCAGGGCCCGGCUUGGCCUUCAUUGCCUAUCCCCGGGCCGUCACGCUGAUGCCUGUGGCCCCGCUCUGGGCUGCCCUGUUCUUCUUCAUGCUGCUGCUGCUCGGGCUCGACAGCCAGUUUGUAGGUGUGGAAGGCUUCAUCACCGGACUGCUCGACCUCCUCCCGGCCUCCUACUACUUCCGUUUCCAAAGGGAGAUCUCCGUGGCCCUCUGUUGUGCCCUCUGCUUCGUCAUUGACCUCUCCAUGGUGACUGACGGUGGGAUGUACGUCUUCCAGCUAUUCGACUACUAUUCCGCCAGUGGCACCACACUACUGUGGCAGGCCUUUUGGGAGUGCGUGGUGGUGGCCUGGGUAUACGGAGCUGACCGCUUCAUGGACGACAUCGCCUGCAUGAUUGGGUACCGGCCUUGCCCCUGGAUGAAAUGGUGCUGGUCCUUCUUCACGCCGCUGGUCUGCAUGGGCAUCUUCAUCUUCAAUGUGGUAUACUACAAGCCACUGGUCUACAACAAUACCUACGUGUACCCAUGGUGGGGCGAGGCCAUAGGCUGGGCCUUCGCGCUCUCGUCCAUGCUGUGUGUGCCCCUGCACCUGCUGGGCUGCCUCCUCCGGGCCAAGGGAACCAUGGCCGAGCGCUGGCAGCACCUGACCCAGCCAGUCUGGGGCCUCCACCACCUGGAGUACCGAGCUCAGGAUGCGGACGUCAGGGGCCUGACCACCCUGACCCCAGUGUCUGAAAGCAGCAAGGUUGUCGUGGUGGAGAGUGUCAUGUGACAGCCACCCCAGUUCACAUCACCAGCUCCCCCUCUGGUAGCCAUAGCAGCCCCUGCUUGAGCCCCAGCCACCCCUUGGGGGGGCCUGCCUUUCCCUGCCACUCCGGGGGCUGCCAGGGGUGGGGGAGGGGAGGGUGCACCAUGAGUGCUAACUAAAACAACUUUUUCCAUUUUUAAUAAAACGCCAAAAAUAUCACAACCCACCAAAAAUAGAUGCCUCUCCUCCCCACCCUAGCCAAGCUGGUCCCCUCCCCCACUGCUCCCUCCUCACCAGGCCCACCUCAGAGGCUCUGUUCUGUGACACCUCAGGUGGCCUCUUCUUUAGGCAGCAGCAGUGGCAGCUUGGGGAAGAGGAGGGGGCAGGGGAGGGGACAGCAGGAAGAAGCCAGUGCUUCCGCUGGACCAGUCCCCGCUCCCUAUGGCUGUUCUAAGCUUCGAGAGGCUGCCAGCAACUGGCGAGGACAGAACCCGGAACUUGUGGCUCCCACGGCCAUGGCCAUCGCCACCUCCCCUCCACGUGCUCUCGGGUACAGGACGCAUAUAUCUCCGUCUCUUAACGAAGGCCAAUAUCAGAUGUAAACGGUGCCUCUGGCAAAGGAGGCUUGUAUUUUGCACAUUUUAUAAAAACUUGAGUGUGAGA